AUGACUUUCUCCAGCCUGUCCUAUCCAGAAUGUGGGGUGGCCCGACCCAGUCCAGUUACUGGCAGCGCCAACGAGCCGUGCGUUAGGCAGUGCCCUGACUCCGAAGUGGUGAUCAGCCCCUCACCGGUUGUCGUGACCCUCCCCGGACCAAUUCUCAGCAAUUUCCCUCAGCAGAGUGACGUGGCAGCCAUAGGAGCACCUGUGAUCGGAGCUGGUUUCGGAGGCUCAUUCGGUUUGGGGGGAUUGUACGGCUAUGGAGGUCAUUACGGAGGAUUGUAUGGUUUAGGGAGAUUAGGUGGUUACGGGGGCCUUUACGGUGACAGGGGAUUAUUGGGCCAUGGGGGAUACUAUGGUUACCCGGGCCUUUACGGUUAUGGGGGAUUAUUGGGCUAUGGGGGACACUGCUGUUACCCGGGCCUAUAUGGUUAUGGUGGAUUAUGUGGUUCUGGGAUAUCUUCCCAUAGGUACCUCAAUGGAAGCUUUGGGCCAUGUUAA